GACACGAAUGGUGAAACAAGGGUGAAAGUUGAAACUAAACAGUAAAUGUCAAAUGAGUAAAUAGGUAUAAAUUAUGAAAUAGUACUAAAGUGUAUGUAAACAAUAAAGAUUAAAAUGUAAACACAUAGUACUGUUUAAAAAUGUAAAUGUUCCUAAUUAUUUAACACCAUUUCCUAAAUAAAAAAUUCAUACACUGGGUGAUUCGAUUCAAUUUUAGUCAUAAACUUUAAUUGCAAAAUGCCGGUCGGGUUAAACAGUCUCACAGAGGGAUGGUUGGAACUUGAAAGCGAUCCAGGUCUUUUUACAUUGCUAUUGGAAGAUUUCGGAGUAAAAGGUGUACAAGUAGAAGAGAUAUAUGAUUUACAAAAACCAUUGGAAAGUCCUGUUUAUGGCUUUAUAUUUCUUUUUCGAUGGAUUGAAGAGAGGCGAUCGCGCCGGAAAUUUGUAGAACAAAUUGAGAGUUUCGUUCGAGAUGAAGAAACCAUCAAUAAUAUAUUUUUUGCUCAACAAAUGGUCCCAAAUAGCUGUGCUUCUCAUGCACUUUUGUCUAUAUUGCUAAAUUGUGCUAAUUUACAUUUGGGUGAAACAUUGAGCAGGCUAAAGCAUCAUACAUUAGGUAUGAAUCCAGAAAACAAGGGAUGGGCUAUAGGAAAUACACCUGAGCUAGCUUGUGCACACAAUUCUCAUGCAAUUCCAUUGGCAAGAAAAAAAACCGAUAAGAAUGCAUGUGUUCCUACUGGAAGAUUUACAGGUGAAGCGUAUCAUUUUGUGAGUUUUGUACCAAUAAAUGGCCAUCUAUUUGAGUUAGAUGGCCUUAAGCCUUAUCCAAUGGAUCAUGGACCCUGGGCGGUAGAUGAAGAUUGGACGGACAAGUUCCGAAGAGUAAUGGCUGAAAGACUUGGCCGUGAUGCUGGUGAACAAGUUCAUGAUAUAAGAUUUAAUCUUAUGGCUGUUGUUCCCGACCGUAGGAUUGCUCUGACACAGCGGCUCAGCCUAUUGGAAAUUAACCAGAAAAGAAUAAAAGAAGCCAUAUCGAAAAUAGGCAAACAUCUACGACACCUGCUUACAAAAAGUCGAGAGUUCAGUGAUGCAACGGUAUCACAGGAUAGUAACGAAGAAAUUAGCCACGACGUAUCUGAGGACGCAAUUAUAAAUGCGUUAGAUGCAAUGGAGGUUCCCUCGUUUGAUAUUGACUACACAAAACCAAUUACUAUUGAAAUUGGAGUAUCGGAGAAACCCCCACAGGGUCCAAAUAUAAGCUUAGCUGAUCCAGUUGAAGACAGUGUUAUACCCAAGUUUUUCGCUAUCAAUGGAGAUAAUCAAAUUCUGACAAAUUUGCAGCCAACAUUCACGACAGCCCUGGUGAAGAGCAACAACAUGCCGGUGAUAAUGUGCUGUGAGGUCGGCCCUGAGCAGCCGUACCGCAUCAGGAAGAUACUGUUUGACCACAGCGAGCUGAACAUGUUCAUGAGUAGCCUCGUGGCUGACAUGCAGGCGUGCCAGCAGGCUCUCAACGACGAGAACGAUAAGAGAGACAUGUAUAAGGUGGACGACUGCCGGCGCACUCACAACUACGACGAGUUCAUCUGCACGUUCCUGUCCAUGUUGACGGAGCGCGGCGUGCUAGCGGAGCUGGUGACCGCCCAGCUCGAGCGAGGCCGCAGUCCGCGCGUGCGGCGCAGGAGGCCACGCCCCAGGCCUCGCGCCAGGCCACGCCCUAGACCUCGCGCGAGGAAGUAACUACCGCUCAUUAACAAACACAAUACUUGUUGUAUUUUAAACAAUUUGUUAUUCAAAAUAAGUAAUUGUUUACAUUUUAUAGAGCCACAUCUCAAUUCAAAUUUCUAAUCCUAUAUCUCGGAAACGGCUCCAACGAUUUUCUUAAAAUUUAGGGAUUUCGGGGGCGUUUUAAUUUAAAAAUGUAGUUUUAUCCGUGUUUUAAUGAGAAACAGCUAGAAUAACAUUAGAAUUUAAAGGUAAAUUUCCCCACUAUAUACAAUACUGUAAUAGCUCAGAUAGGACAUUGGGUGAUCCGGAAAGCAGAAGACCCCGGUUCGAAUUCAGAUGUCCUAUUAGUUGUAUUUUGUUCAAGUUUAGUACAUUCUUAAAAAUUCGAGUUGUCCGGGUAUUAUUUAAUUAUUGGGGUUGAGCAGGUAAUCAACUGUAAAGUAGAUUUUAUUUGUGUAAUUAAUCCCAGAAGUGAGGGUUGUCACUUUAAAAAAAAACAACAAAUUGAUUAUUCAUAUUUUGCCAAAUGGAAUAAACCGAAGAAUUAUUAAGAAAAGUGCCCGCUUAUUGCUUGCAUGUUAUCCCAUAAACAUAAAGGGGGUUUUUUUCUUGUAAUCAUAUUAAUAUACCUUGUAAUCGUAUAUAGAAAAGUAAUUUUAAUAUUUUUAUUUAAAAAAAAAACUCCAUGAUGUAGUUUGCCACUAGCGUUACAUAUCGUGAAUUAUACGAAUUUUGAAUACUUAUUAAAACUGGUGGCUACUCAUUUUAUAUCUCCACGUCUAUUCGUUUGAACCACUAUACGAAUGCCGAAAAAUAUGUAGAAGUAAAUAUUUUAAUGCGACUCGUAAUAAGUAACAAAGUACCUAAAGUAAUAAAUAUUAUUGGAUAUUAAUGUUAUGGUAUUAUAUUAUGUGUUGAUAACUUGAUUUGUAAAUAGUUUAACGGCCUUACAAAUAAAAUUGGCAUAAAGUUAUAACUAAUCAUAAACCAAGACAAUGCAAAAUGUUUAUAAAUAGACGUUUUGCUUACGAAUGGUUUGUUCGGACGCAUAACAUUUCUCGCGUUUAUUUGCAAGGCUACCUGUCAUUCGGAAAACUUCAGAAUUAUCAUUGUAUUGACAGUGUUGUCAACGAUAAUGUGAACAUUUUACAUAUUCUUUGUUUAUGCUUAGUUAUAACUUUAUACCAAGUUUAUUUGUAAGGCCGUAAGUAUAUAAUUUUAUUUUCCCUUACUGGUUUAAGUAAGCUUUUUCUAUUCAUAGUUUGCGUAUUCGCAUUUUUGUUAAGAUUAUUUUAUUGUACUAUUUUAAUUUGAAUGAUUGUACUUAUUAAAAUGCUUGUCAUAAGUUGUAAUGUUUAAAAUAAAUUAAAUAAAAAGCAUUUAAUCGAAA